AUGGGCUUCUCCAGGCAAGAAUAUUGGAGUGGGUUGCCAUUUCCUCCUCCAGGGGAUCUUCCUGACCCAGGGAUCAAACCUGGGUCUCUUACCUCUCCUGCAUUAGCAGGCGGGUUCUUUACCACUAACACCACCUGGGAAGCCCACAGAGAGAGCAAGAAGACACGUGUGCCGGCCUUUACAUGGAAGGGAUGUGGGGGAGUUGCGGGUGCCAAAAGCUGCCUGGAGGAGCAUCUUUCCUUCUCCUGCCAGCCGGACGGCUCAGUGCUCCCGGCCCAGCGGUUGAGUGGGAGCGUGAGAUUGGGGACCCACCUCCCUGACUCCUCAAGUGGCUAUUGA